AUGGCUCGUACGAGGCACCCUCUAGACCGUGGAUGGACCUUCCGGCUGGACGACGACGCGUCGGCCGAUUCCUGGCUUCCGGUGCAGAAGGUCCCAAGUCAGGUUCACUUAGACCUGUUAGCCAACAACAAGAUCCCGGACCCUUUCAUUGACCUCAAUGAAUUGGCGACGCAAUGGAUCGCCGAGAAGAGUUGGGUAUACAAGGUCCGUUUCAGCAGGCCUGAUAGGCCAGUGGCAGAUGGGUCAGGCACCACGGAUAUCGUUUUCGAAGGCCUCGACACCUUUGCUACAGUUCUCCUCAAUGGGAAGGACAUCCUGAAGACCGACAACAUGUUCGUGUCCUACCGAGUCGAUAUUUCGCAGGCUCUCGAGAGCGAGAACGUGCUCGAAAUCAAGUUUGACUCGGCCAUGUUGCGCGGUCGGGAUCUCGUAAAAGAGCAUAGCCACGAGCACACGUUCUACGUUCGUCAGACCGAAGUGAGCCGAGUCCCGGUGCGGAAGGCACAGUACAAUUGGGGUUGGGACUGGGGUCCGAUCUUGAUGACUGCCGGGCCUUGGCGGCCGGUUUACCUCGAGCAAUAUGUCGCGAGGAUUGACGAUGUCUGGACUCAUCACGAAGUUAGCGAAGACCUCAAGGUGGUCUCGGGUCGGGUAUUCGCCAAGGUAGCCGGUCUAGCGCCGAAGUCGGUGACCCUGUCGCUCUCCCUACAUGGUCACACUGUUUGGGAGAAAGAAUCUCUCGUCGACUCAGACGGACUGGCCGCAUCGGAUUUUCGGGUUGAUAGUCCGGAAUUAUGGCACCAAUACGGGUUUGGAUCGCAAAUCCGUUACGAGGUGAAAGCGUCGAUUGGCUCGCGCGACGAGAAGUCCAAGCUCAUCGGUUUCCGGCGAGUUGAAUUGGUCCAGGAGAAGGACGAUUUCGGCAAGUCAUUCUACUUCCGGAUCAAUGGAAACGACGUGUUUUCAGGCGGGUCGUGCUGGAUCCCUGCGGAUAGCUUCUUGUCUCGGAUUUCGACCGAGCGAUAUCGUGACUGGAUAAAGCUCAUGGUUGAGGGAAGGCAAAAUAUGCUUAGAAUAUGGGGAGGCGGCAUCUAUGAGGACGACUCUCUGUUCGAUGCCUGUGACGAACUGGGGGUCCUCGUAUGGCAUGACUUUCAAUUCGCCUGCGCGAGUUACCCGACGUACCCCUCAUAUCUCGAAUCAGUCGAGAAAGAAGCGAGACAGAACCUGCGACGACUUAGAUCUCACCCCUCUAUCAUAAUAUGGGCAGGGAACAACGAAGAUUACCAAGUUCAAGAGCGAUACCACCUCGAAUACAAUUACGAGGACAAGGACCCUCAGUCGUGGCUUAAAUCCACUUUCCCGGCAAGGUACACCUACGAAUAUCUGCUCCCUAAGAUUGUCAAGGAGGAGAAUCCAUCUAUGGUCUACCAUCCUAGCAGCCCCUGGGGAGAUGGAAAAUGUACAGCUGAUAGCACGGUGGGAGACAUACAUCAGUGGAACAUAUGGCACGGCGAGAUGAACCGAUACCAGGAAGUUCACUUGCUCUCUGGUCGUUUCAUUAGCGAGUUCGGCAUGGAGGCCUACCCCCACCUCGAGACAAUCCGCGGCAUGAUCAAGGAUCCACAGCAGCUAUACCCGGGCUCGAUGGCGAUGGACUUCCGCAACAAGGCCAUCGACCACGAGCGCCGCAUGAUUACGUACGUGGCGGAGAACUUCACGGUCAAGUACGACCUCGCCUCAUACGCCCACCUCACGCAGGUGGCCCAAGCGGAGACUGUGCACUUCGCGUACCAGACCUGGCGCCGCGAAUGGGGCAAGCCCGGGGCACGCAAGUGCGGCGGCGUGCUCGCGUGGCAGCUCAACGACUGCUGGCCGACCAUGAGCUGGGCCGUGGUCGACUACUACCUCGUCAAGAAGCCGGCCUUCUACGCGAUCGCCAACGCGCUGAAGCCGCUGGCCGUCGGCGUGUCCCGGGCGUACCACGAAUGGACCACGGGCCACGCGGACCCGACGGUAGCCGCCCGCGACACCAAGUUUGACCUCUGGGUCGCCAGCAGUCGGCUGCAGCCGGUCCAAGUCGAGAUCGCCGUGCGCUUCAUAUCGAUCCGCACAGGCCAGGACGUCAACCCUCCCGUAAGGCUCGAGGCCUUGACCGCGCAUCCCAAUAGCACCACGGAAGUCUUGCGGGACCACACUAUCCCGGUAGCUGACCCGACGUUGCAGGAUGCGACUCUGCCCUUCGACUUCUCGCGGUACGAUCCAUAUGUGAUCCACGCCGCUGUGACUGAGGGCGACCGGGUCGUCGCAACAGAUACCUCGUGGCCGCAACCGUUGAAGUACUUGGAUCUCACCAACCGGGACGUCAAGAUCCGAGCUCUGUCCGCUACUCAGGUGGUCAUAUCUGCCGCUCGUCCCGUCAAGGGAUUCGUGUUCGAGGAGACCCGGGCUGCUAAGCUGAGCGAUAACGGCUUCGACCUCGUCCCCGGCGAGGACAAGGUCGUGGACGUGUCGGGAGUGAGUCUCGGCUCUCUGCGCUAUACCUACGUAGGGGCGCCAGAGGGGUCUCUGCCGGUGUCGUUGUGA